CUUGCCGUCUUUGGUGCACCAUCCUCCACGCACGAAGACGUCGGCUGCAAGCGCGCAGCCGCAGUUGGGCGCAACCCCCCCCCUCCGGCGCAACCAAUGCGCGUGCGCAUCGCCCGCGCACGGUGGCGACUUUCCGUUUCGGGGCGUCAAUGCGACUGCGCGUGGGUGCCUUCCAAACCCCCGCGACCUUUCCCCACGUGAGGAGCGCUCGGCGACACCAUCCGGGUUCUUGUCGGGCCGGCGGCCGGUACAGCCGGGAGCGCGAGGGUCUGCCAGAAGCAGCCGGAAGUUUCCAGAGAGAGACAGAGAGCGCGCGAGCGAGGGGAUGCCGCGAGGCCGAGGCAAAGCCGGCAGCGGCCGGGAGGCCCCGCAGGACGACGAGGACGAGGAGCAGUGGCUGGACGGAGAGGAAACGGCGGCGCCCCCACCGCCCAACCAGGAGGUCCUGAAAAAAGGGAAGAAAGAUAAGAAGGCCAAGAAAUCGUUCUUUGAGGAGCUGGCAGCUGAUGAUAAGCAAAUUAAAGCAGAAGAGGCAGUCAUCCUAGAACAGCAGCAACAGAAGAAAAAACGUGAUAAGAGAAAAGAACGGAACAAAAAGAAAAAGGAUGAGGAUGUUGACGAUGUGAUUGAGAAUCUGUGUAAGCUCUCAGUGCCAGCCAGUGAUGAGGAGGAAGAGGAAGAAAUAAAGCCAAAACGAGGUAACAAAAAGAUGGGGAACAAAAAGAUGAGUGGCAACGUCUUUGCAGCUCUCAGCCUUGAGCAGAGUGAAAGUGAAGACAAUGAUGAGGACGACGAAACAGAAAGGCAGCCAUCCAAAACUAACAAAAAUCAGAAAAAUAAGACUGCAUUGAGUGAGAAUCUGGGUAACCAGAAGCAAAGCAAAAAGGAAAAGAGAGAGUGUUCUGAGGGUAAACCACAGCCUGUACCUGAGGAAGGUAACAAGAAGCAAGGUAAAAAAGGCAAUAAGGAUGAAAGAGGAAAAACAAAUGAGCAAAAGGUAGAAUCUGAAGAUGAAGAAGAAGAAAAGUCAAGCAAGAAAAGUAAAAAGGUGGAGAAAUCAAAAGCAAAGCAAAAGGCAUUCUCUGACAACGAUGAGGAGCUAGAGGAAGAGCAGGAAAAGUGGCCUAAAAAAGGAAAAAACACAAAAGCUAAAGGAAAGCACAAGCCUGUAAAUGCCUUUGCUGCCCUAGAAGUGGAGAAGGAGCUGGAGGAAGAUGAAGAUCUGGAGGUUGAGAACGAAGAGGAUAUAUCCCAGUCAAAGGGUUCCAAAGACAAUUCAAAAGUCAAGAUUGAAGCUAGUGAAGACGAAAUGGAAAUGGAUGAAAAGGCUGCGAAGGAGAAGGCAACAGAUGACAAAUAUGCCAAUAUGAGCAAAAAGGAGAAAAAGAAACUGAAGAAACAGAUUGAAUUUCAACGUCAAGUAGACAUCCUGAAAUCUUCAAAUGAUGCCGAGGGUGACUUCUCUGUAUCACAAGCUGAACAAUCAUCAAGACAAGCCAUGUUGGAGAAUGCAUCAGAUAUCAAGCUGGAGAGGUUUAGCAUUUCAGCUCAUGGGAAAGAGCUCUUCAUCAAUGCUGACCUACUCAUUGUGGCUGGUAGGCGAUAUGGUCUAGUUGGACCCAAUGGCAAGGGUAAGACAACACUGCUAAAGCACAUCCAAAACAGAGUGCUGAAUAUACCUCCUAACAUUGAUGUGCUGCUUUGUGAACAAGAGGUAAGGGCUGAUGACACAGCAGCAGUCGAUGCUGUUCUGAAAGCUGAUACAAAGCGGCUAAAACUUUUGGAAGAAGAAAAGCAGCUUCAGGCUCUCUUAGAGAAGGGAGAUGAUCAAGCUGGUGAGAGGCUGCAAAAGGUAUAUGAGGAACUGCGAGCUACAGGUGCUGCUGCUGCAGAAGCUAAAGCCCGUCGGAUCCUGGCUGGUCUGGGCUUUACUCCUGAGAUGCAGAAUCGGCCCACUAAGAAAUUCUCUGGAGGAUGGCGAAUGAGAGUGUCUUUGGCUAGAGCCCUGUUUAUGGAACCCACAUUAUUGAUGUUGGAUGAGCCCACAAACCAUCUGGACCUUAAUGCAGUCAUUUGGCUUAACAACUACCUUCAAACCUGGAAGAAAACUCUGCUUAUUGUGUCCCAUGACCAGGGCUUCCUGGAUGACGUCUGUACAGAUAUUAUUCAUCUGGAUGCUCAAAAGCUCUUUUACUACAGAGGGAACUACAAUACCUUUAAGAAGAUGUACCAACAGAAACAAAAGGAACUGCUGAAACUUUAUGAGAAACAGGAAAAGAGGCUUAAAGAUCUAAAGGCGGGAGGCAAGUCAACUAAGCAAGCGGAGAAGCAGACAAAGGAGGCCCUGACGCGGAAACAGCAGAAAUGUCGGAAAAAGAACCAGGAUGAGGAGUCAAACGAAGCUCCUGAGCUUCUGAAAAGGCCUCGUGAAUACACUGUAAAGUUUACAUUCCCAAAUCCUCCACCACUGAGCCCUCCAAUUCUUGGACUGCAUGCUGUUGAUUUUGCUUAUGAAAACCAGAAGCUGAUUUUCAAAAACCUGGACUUUGGUAUUGACAUGGAUUCCAGAAUCUGUAUUGUUGGACCCAAUGGAGUUGGAAAAAGUACUUUGCUACUCCUGCUCACUGGAAAGCUGACCCCUACUGCUGGUGAACAGAGAAAGAACCACAGACUGAAAAUAGGUUACUUCAACCAACAGUACGCCGACCAACUCAACAUGGAGGAGACAGCAACAGAAUAUCUCAUGAGAAACUUCAACUUGCCAUACCAGGAUGGGAGGAAAUGUCUUGGUCGCUUUGGCCUGGAAAGCCAUGCCCACACUAUCCAAAUCAGUAAACUGUCAGGUGGUCAAAAAGCAAGAGUAGUAUUUGCAGAAUUAGCCUGCCGACAGCCUGAUGUACUCAUUCUGGAUGAACCCACAAACAACCUGGACAUUGAAUCCAUUGAUGCUUUGGCUGAUGCAAUUAAUGUCUACAAAGGAGCUGUAAUCAUUGUGAGCCACGAUGCCCGACUGAUCACUGAGACAAACUGCCAGCUCUGGGUAGUGGAGGAAAGGACAGUAAACCAGAUUGACGGCGACUUUGACGAUUACAAGCGUGAGGUGCUGGAAGCGCUUGGAGAGACCAUCAACCGCAAGCAGAAGGAUUGAGACCCCAGGAGUGUGGGUUAAAGUCCUAGCCAUCAGAACAAUAUUGAGAAUGAAUAGCAGGACUCAAAACAGAAUUGCAACAGGAUGGGGAGCCUAGUCUAUUCAGAAGCCUCCUAUUGGGAGAUGCACAAAUUAUCUAAGUCAUUCUGCAGGCUUCUACCUGAUGUUGUCUUUAGCCAUUUAUGGGGGAAUAUGCCAAACAAAGAACUAUUUUCAUUCGAUGACCUACAAGUGUUCACUUCUCUUUAGUGUGGCACUGUGCCGUCUGGAUAAUAAGAUGAUAAAAUACUGAAAAUAUUAAAAUAAUGUUGGUCAUGGACAGGUCAUUCAGCAAAUGAAAGAGAUGCAGCAGAUGCAAUCCUCUGGAUUGGCCCUUCAGAACCGAAUUCUGAAUUUGAAGUAUUUGCCUCUGCUUUCCAGAUGCUGAUAGUUCUGCUAUGCCUUUUGAGCAAUAUCUGUUGCUUUACUGUAUAAAGUCAGGGAAGCCUUUCAGAUUUCAGUUCAGAGGUGGGUCCCUUAUCCUGGCUAGUGCUUAGUUCUUUUUCGAUAGAGUGUGGCAGCAGAGCAUGUGAAGCUGCUCCUUGACAGCUCAGUCGGACUUUUUCCAGUUCCAUUUUACACAAGGGUGAUUUAGAAAGGCACCAUGAAAAGUGCACGGAUUGGUUUCUGUUAUGCUGACAGCAGACUUUGUGGCAGAGUUGACUAUCUUCAUGGGCUGCAAGACAUACUUGAAAUGAAUUAACUAGAAGCUAAACCAAUCCCAAAAACCUCCACAGCAGCAAUAGCAACAACAAGCUGUUAGUGGAGUCAAAAAAAAAAUUGAUUUUGGAUGUAAUUUAAUUCCCAACUAUGAAAAUGAUUUCACAAUGAAAUUGUACUAUAAUGGAACAUACGAAUAGUAAGCAUGUGACAUUGCUUUUUGACAGCAUCAUCUCAACCUUUAUUUAAUCUACAUUUAUCUAAAAGGGAAAUCAGUCCUGGGAGUUAAGUCUAUUUGCUGUUUAUCAUUCGGAGGAGCACAAGGCACAUCCAGUUAUUGGUCUUAAUGGCUGUAAAGCUAAGUGCAGAGACUGAAGAUGGAUUUUCACUUGUUUUGGAAGUAUCUGGGAUUUCAGUUUUAAAGAUAUGUUGUCUUGCCCAUUUCACCUGUUUUUUUGCAUUACAGUAGCUCAGGCAUACUGGUUUCUCAGAUUUCAGCAAGUUUAUAAGAAAGGGUUUCUGACACAAAUACAAUACCACAGCAGCCAUGUGACUUCGGAGUCUGCAGUAUUUUAUAGCAGGCUACACUCUGCAUUGACACUGUGCUCAAACUGGUCCCAGGAACACUUGAUAAGGUUGGGAUUAAGCUGCAUUAUUCAACAUGCAAUCCACUUUGUGCCUUCCCUGAAUUACUUCUGUCAAUGGUUUGGUAGGGGAGAAGAUGAGUGUAUGAAUUAGAAAGGAGUGGUCUGGGAUGAUCCAGCAUCAAUCACCUGUCUUUUCACAAACUCUAUUUAUCAUUGAUGGAAUAUCCCUUGCAUCUGAGGCUCCCAGCUGUCAAGUUAUGACCUGUAUGUUACACAUGCAAAUGGUAAAACACUAAUCUCUUAGGUGACUUGACUUAAUGUUGGGCAGCAUUUUGACCUUUGGUCACACUUGGGAUUACAUAGUAGACUUGUUUUGUUUUUAAAUUAAACUGAAGCAUACUUUGCAUUUGCACUAAUCUUGUGCCAAGCAGAAAUAAUCAUUUAGUGCACUUGCUUUGUGGAACUGACCACUUAUUAAUUGAGUUGAGAAUAAAUACCACAACAAAACUAAAAUGAGAGCAUACAAAAAAAUUAUUUUACACUGAAGAAACAUACCUGAAAGAUUCUGCAUCUAUUUUUAGUACUGAAUAAUUAUCAAAACAGGAGAUCCAGCAAAUUGAUUAGAGCACUAAUGGUUAAAUAGAUUUUGUUUACUGACUGGGUAUUUAUGGUGAUGAUUGACUGACUUAUCUUGAGCUGACUUACCUAACCUUUUCCAGGUGUUCAGUGUCCUGUUCAGAUGUUUCCAUGAGAUAUUUCCAUUGCAGAAAGCUGACAACAAAACAGCACUUGCAACAGUAAUUAAUAGGCAGGCAUUGUAUGGGUAGUUGGCUUGAAUUGCAUACUCAAACUUUACUGGCUAAGGUUUAAGGUGAUUUAUUCAGUUUCAUUUGUAAAUUUGAAACUUUCUUGAAUGUUCAUUCUUUGUUAUUCCCUGACUUGAGCCUAUCCAAAUUUAAUGUGGCAACUAAACUAAAUAUAUUAAAUUCUCAAUUAUCACAAUUUUAUAUAAAUGAAGCAAUAUUCACACUUCUGCCACACAUUUGUAGAUUUGCUUUUCUUUGUUUUGGUGUGUUGAGCUCAAUCUCUGACAAUGCAGUUGUCACUCAAAGUAGCAAGUGUAGGAUUUGUUUUUGUCUGACCCAUUGCAUGCACUCAGCUGAUACAAACAUAUUCCAUUCUCUCCCAGGUAAGGAGAAGCAGUGUGGUAAGCUUCUAGCUGCUGCCUGAAUCUUUGGUUAAUAAAAAAGAAAGUUGAUCUCUAGCAAAAUCCAUGCUAGAUGUUGACAAUGGCCUGGGAGAUGGGUUUUUGCAUACUUCAUUUGGUAUUAAUCACCCCAGAAGCUGAAUUGAUUAUUUCAUGCACAGAAACCCUGAUUUUUCUCGAUAGAAGUCAUAAACUAGAUAUCAAGAAAGGUGCAUAAGAGAUACAAUAAUACAAAGUGAAUUGCCCUUAUUCUCUGACCUGUAACACACAGCUUGGUACACCAAACCCUUAUUUUGGAUUAGACCUAGCUUUCCUCAAUGCUUUUCCACAACAAUCUUGCCUUUUUGCUGUCUCUGCAGUCGAAAUUACCAAUUAGUUCCAUUGCACCUGGCUCUUUAUAAAUUGUCCUGCAACUUUUCCCCCAUUGUGUAUUAACAUAAUCCCUUUGGAAGUUAGGCGGUGAACAAUGCACUAAAUACAUUUAGUUUCUCCUGCUAUUUAGGAUAAGCAAAGUAAUUAAUCAGAGGACAGACAUUUACCUUAAAUUGUGUAGUAAAAUAUACCAAGACAUUGACAUUUUGAAGUGUACUGAGGACAUUCUUGUCACCAUUCCAGGUGCCAUCUCAAAUCUCUAAACCUCAAUAUUUAAAUGAAGACCAAUCCAACUUAACAAACCCAUGACUGACACAGUGUAUUUACUGUCUGUUCCCAAUCCAUUAUUAACUGCAGUGAGUAGGCUAUAAUGAGUGUUUUCACAUUUUAUUCAGAAACAACUUUAGGUCAAUGCUCCAGAAAACCAUACCCACAUGGCUUCAUCAGUUGGUGCUGGGAUUAUUUGAAAGUGGUGUUUUGGUUGAAGUUUGAGCAAUGCUCUCUUUCAGGAAGGGUUUGUACAUCUUGCGAAUCCGAGUAAUCUCCUUCUCAGGUGGAUCCUGCCACUGGUACCAGCUGUACCAAGGUCCCUCCUGCUUGGGUGGGGGUGGGGUCUUUCCCACUGCCCCAUGUGAGCCAGAGUAAUCAUUCAGAUUGAUCUCAAUGUAUGGGACUUGGAAUCCAAGCAAACCUGCAAUAAGGUGCGAAACAGAAUUAGCAGCAGGACAUGGGUAUGUCAGGGGCCAGUCCUGAAUGGACAAGUUGUAUAACACCAUUCAGGAACUGUGCCUUAAAUACUAAAAUGUUUUAGGUUACCCUUUACAAGUACGAAAUGAGCCACAGCACUUGGUCAGUAACCCCUAAAGUAAAAAAGAUUCAACUCAUGAAGUCACCAAGUGACCAUUAGCACAGUUGUCAGCUGGUUGGCCAGGAACGAGGCUAUCAACCAUCAGCCAGUAUAGCAAUCAGGCCUCCUUGUGCUGCAGUGGUAGUGUCCCUAAAACAUCACCUCCAAUGCUAAAACGUGUGGUGCUGGAAAAGCACAGCAGGUCAGGCAGCACCCGAGGAGCAGGAGAGUCGAUACUUUGGGCAAAAGCCCUUCAUUAUGUUUCAACUGUGAUCUCCAGUCCUCACUUCCUCCUGAUCACCUCCAAUGCCAACAAAUUGCAUACAAAAAAAAGGAUCUUAAAUCUCUCAGGAUGUAAAAUGUCCUGACACUACGCCAUGAGAGAUUGAGAAACCUCGAUUAUCCAAAGGACACGAGCGGAGGAGUAGUGCGUUCAAUUAAUCAAAUUCUAGAUAAUACAGUUUAGCCAAGCAUUGGGACCUCACGAUCUUGCCGGCUAAUCGAGGUUUCUCUAUUAGAAAAGAUGUGGAGGUUGACAGACUGGUGAAUUCCGGAGCCUAGGACUCGAAUAGUCAUAGCUGCUGCUACUGAUGGACGAACAAUUACAUUCGAAAGAAAAAUUAGGGACAUCGACAGUUUGGAAGAAGGUAGUUUUGGGAGGUGUGUAGGACUAGAGAUGGAUAGAAACAAAAAAGUUGUCAGAGGCAGGAACGUGCAUCAUUGAUGAGAAAACAACUGCUGACAUUGAGAACAAUUUAACGAGAAUUUGUUGCACCAUUCUUCAACAAUCUUUGGCGGAAGACUUAAAUUGAAUGACUGUCCUAUAGGUGAAACGAAUAGCACGCACAUCUCUAAAUUCCAAGGGGUUAAAUGGAGGGAUUUGGUUUAUCAGAAACAGAGGUUUCAAUCCAGAUAAUUAACAAUGUAGCUGGAUCAGGAUUUCUCCGUAGCCUUCAACUUAUUAUAUUCCCUAUUGCCCAGAUCACCUACCAUGAUCCUUAGCAUCUUGUAUUGCUUUGGUCAACUUCUUGUACUGUUUCAUACAAACACCUAGGACCAAAUGAGAUGAUGUUAUCGCUCAGAAACAGAAUGAAACUAGAUAGGUGAAAAGGAAACAUUUGGCUAAGGUGAUGAGAUUUUAUAAUAGGCAGAGGGCAGAAAAGCUAAAUGAUUACUUUGUGUCAUGUUUUCACUGAGGAAGAUCCAAAUAAUUUCCCAGAAUUUGAUAUCCAUGUGGCUAGAGACAAUGAGGUGUUGAGAAAAUCAGUAAUGGAGAAAUGAUUACACUGGAAAAAUUAAUGAGGAUAAAAGUUGAUAAAACCCCUGGGCUGUAGAUUCAGGUUCUGUGUGUGGCUAGAAUGAUUUCUGUGGAUUGGAAGAUUGUAAAAUAUCACCCCACUAUUUAAGGAGCAAGUAAAAGAAAAUGGGGAAUGACCAACCUGGGAGCUUUACAUUAGCAGUAGGGACAUGCUAAAAUCUAUUAUAAGAGGAUGUAAUAAGUAGAUAUUUGGAUGAUAUUAAUCUGACUGGGUAUAGUCAGCAUGGAUUUGUGAAUGUAAAACUGUUUGAUGAACUUGGAAGCUUUUUGAAGUUGUUACUAACAAAAUUGAUGGAGUCCAAUAGAGGUAGUACAUUUAGACUUUCAGAAGACUUUAUCAAAAGGAAACUGGUUAGAAAAAUUAAAAUACAUGGAAUGAAAUGUAAUAUUCUGAAUUAAAUGAUUUGCUAACAGUAGGAAUAAAUGUUAGCGAGUUUUGAGAAGAUUUGUAGCUCAGGUUGAGGUUCUGGAUGUAGAUUUGCUUGCUGAGCUGUAAGGUUCAUUUUCAGACAUUUCGUCACCAUGGGAGGUAAUUUCAUCUGGAGGCUCUUUGAAGAUGUUACUUAGUAUGGUGACGAAAUGUCUGAAAAUUAUCCUUCCAGCUCAGCGAGCAAACCUACAUCCAGUAGGAAUAAAUAAGCCAUUCUCAGGUUGGCAGGCUGCAACUUGUGGGGUAUCACAAUGAUCAGUACUUGGGUCCUAGCUGUUCACAAUAGAUCUCAAUCAUCCAAAUUUGUGGGUGUUAUAAAGCUAAAUAGGAAUGUUGCAAGAAAGAUUUAAAACCGUUUCAGAAGGUUUUAGUGAAUAAUCAAGAACACAGCAAGUGAAAUAUAAUGUGGAACCAAGGUAUCCUUGUAUGUUAUCCUUUGGUAAUUUAUCUACAAGUGCAGCAAGCCAAUGGAAGGUUAGCAUUUUUUAUAAGAGGGUUUUGAGUGAAGUCUCUUUGGCUAGAUCACAGUACUAUGUAUAGUUUUGAUCUUGUUAGCUGAGAAAAGAUAUUACUGCUAUAUUGGGAGUGAAAACAAGGUUCAUCAGACUUGUUCCCAAAAAGCUAGGGCUGUCCUAAGUAAACUGGAUUUAUGCAAGAGUUUUCAGGUAUGACAGUGGUGAUCUCAUUGAAACCUACAAAAUAUUUAAAGUGAUCUACCUUGUCUACACAAGUACUGGAUGUGGAGUCUAUGCCUCCAAGGACAUAGAUCAAAAAUAACAGGAGGGUGCUAGUGAGGUCCGAGGUGAGGAGGGAUUCUCUUACAUGCGAGUUAUGCACCUUUGGAAUUCUCCAACCCAGAGGACUGUGGUAAUUUAGUCUGUGUGUAUGUUUAAAGAUAGAGAUUUCUAUUAACCAGUGCCAUGGACCAUUACAGGAAUGGGUGGGCAAAAGGCAUUGAAGCGUUUGCAGUCACAUCUAUAUUCAAUAGUGGGACAGACUCAACAGUCUAAAUGGCUUAUUCCUGUUCCUAUUUUCCAAAAAGGACACUAUCUGAACAGUGCCCCAGCUCGUCCCAAAGGGAGAAAUGAUAGUGACUGAUCUCAGUUAGAAACUACUCCCAAUCCAUUGCUAAGAUCAUUAAAAAGUAACCUCUGGCAAGUGACCUUCUGGUCUGUCGGGUUCACCCAGAAGCUGGAUAUCUUAACUGAACAGCAAAUAGGCUCCAUUUGCUGUGUAUUUCAUAGGAAAACUCUGUUCAAAUUUCGGUGUCUUGAAAGUAACAAAAAAGCAGUAAAUUGGAUUCUUACCAGUUCUGGUUGGAUGAUACAUGGUACCAGAGUGAGGACAAAUGAACUGUUCUAACAGCUUCACAUUCUGUAGGAAAUGAAACCCAGAGACUCAAUGAGCACUGUAUGAUCUAGACAAGCUAAGUCAACAUAAGCUCUGCCUUGCCAUAGUGUUGUCAACUAUAUAGUGUCAUAAAUCCUGAAUAACAUGGAAUAUACAGAACAGCAACAGGCCACUCAGUCCACCAAAGUGGUCUGUAGCUUAUGCCAAUUCCACCCAUCAGCAAAUCUCCUUAUUCCCUUUUUCUCUUUCAUUCCUAUUGGAAGCAUUUACACAAUUCAGGUCAACCACUUUUUGUUGUAGCAAGUUCCAUGUUCUAGCCAUCUUCUAAGUUUAGAAAUUUCUAAUUUUCCUCUUUGACUUAUCAGUAGCAAUCUUGCAUUGGAUUCUCCCACAAUUAGGAAUAUUCUUUCCAUAUAAACUUUGUCCAACACAUAAAACCUCUACCAUGUCAUUUCCCAGUCUCCUCUUAUCCAGAGAAACAGGUUCAACUCGUUAAUUCUCUAAUCACCAAUAACUUACAUUUAUAUAUUGUAGCAGUCAACAUUUUUUUGUUUUGGGAUUAUAAGCUGAAAUAAAAUUGGAUUGCUAUAUAACAAAUAACUUAAAAUGCAAAACGGUGAUAAGUGCAAAAUGAUAAGUGCUGCACAUUCUUGAGCUAUUCAGCAUAACGUUGCUUUUCAAAGGAUUGAACGAGAGAAUUCAAGACUGAGUGGAACAAAAACUUUUGUGUUGAGUAAAUUCGGCCUGAGUGGUUGGCUGCAGACUUGAAGAGCCAGGCAGCAGAGAGAGAAACAUCCAGAACCUGCAAACAGGAAUAAUCCAUCUCUCCCAUGCUGGGAAAAUGACAAAAUCAAGAAUGCAUUUUGACAAGACCAGUACAGCCGAAAAAACAUUGAAUUAAAGAACAACCAGUCAGAAAACAGACCAUGUGUCAUCUGCUAAAACUCAAAAAUGAUUGAGUUUUAGCAGAUAACAAUGGUCUGGAUUUCUGAUCUUUGGAAUUUUAUUCACUCUUUGAUAUUCUUUUUCACCUGUAGUGUCAGCUCAUUUGUUUUGAAUGUGUGUGCGCAUGCAUGCAUAUUUGCUGUAUUUGGAGGAGUCUAAGCUGCAUGGUUGCAGAUUAGAAAAUCUUCCUUCUUUGCAACUUGCAGAAAUUAAUUGUGUUUAAAAUAAAUUAUUUUUCGUUAAUGACAAAA